GAGAACCUUCCAUUGAGCAACAGUUGUUUUCCACCUCUUCGCCUAAUUACUUUCCCAGCUGCUAAUUACCGUGUCGCGAGUGCAAUAAUUUAAAGAUGGCCAGCAACUACGAAGGCUACAAGUCGCCGCUAAGCACCCGCUAUGCCAGCAAGGAGAUGCAGUUCCUGUUUAGUGACCAGAACAAGUUCUCCACCUGGCGCCGGCUGUGGGUCUGGCUGGCAAGGGCGGAGAGCACGCUGGGGCUGGAGAUCAGCGAGGCGCAGAUUGCGGAGAUGGAGCGCGAGAUCAGCAACAUUGACUUCGAGGCAGCGGCCGCCGAGGAGAAGCUCACGCGGCACGACGUCAUGGCCCAUGUCCAUGUCUUUGCCAAGCAGUGUCCGACGGCGGCGCCGGUCAUCCAUCUGGGAGCCACCUCGUGCUAUGUGGGCGACAAUACGGAUUUAAUUGUGCUGCGAGAUGCUCUGCAGCUGCUGCUGCCGCGGGUCGCCUGCGUCAUCGCCCGCCUCUCGCAGUUCGCUCAGAGCUAUAAGGAUCUGCCCACGCUGGGCUUCACCCAUCUGCAGCCUGCCCAGCUCACCACUGUGGGUAAGAGAGCCUGCCUGUGGAUCCAGGAUCUGAUCAUGGACGAGCGUGCCUUGUCUCGGUGCCUAGAGGAUCUGCGCUUCAGGGGAGUCAAGGGCACUACCGGCACCCAGGCCUCCUUUCUGCAGCUCUUCAACGGUAAUGGGGAGAAGGUGAAGCAACUGGAUAAGCUGGUAACCGAACUGGCUGGUUUCAAGAAGGCUUACUCCGUGACCGGGCAAACCUACUCCCGGAAAGUGGACGUAGAGAUUGUGGGAGCUCUGGCCAGUCUGGGAACCACUGUGCACAAGAUGUGCACCGAUCUGCGUAUUCUGGCCUCCCGCAAGGAGCUGGAGGAGCCCUUUGAGAGCACCCAGAUUGGAUCCUCGGCCAUGGCCUACAAGCGGAAUCCUAUGCGCUCGGAGCGAUGCUGCGCCCUGGCCCGUCAUCUCAUCACGCUGUUUAGCAGUGCCGCCAAUACCCAUGCCACUCAGUGGUUGGAACGCACUCUGGACGACUCUGCUAACAGGAGGUUGACUCUGUCCGAGGCUUUCCUGUCUGCUGAUGCUACCCUUCUGACUCUGCUCAACAUCUCGCAAGGAUUGGUGGUUUACCCGAAGGUGAUUGAACGACACAUUGCCCAGGAGUUGCCCUUCAUGUCCACGGAGAAUAUAAUCAUGGCCAUGGUGAAGGCAGGCGGUGAUCGGCAGGUUUGCCACGAGAAGAUCCGCGUGCUGUCCCAGGAGGCUGGCGCUCAGGUGAAGCAGCAUGGCAAGGACAACGAUUUGGUGGAUCGUGUACGCAAGGAUCCCUACUUUGCACCCAUACUGGAGCAUCUGGACACCAUAUUGGAUGCCAGGACGUUCACAGGACGAGCUAGUGAGCAAGUGGAUGACUUUGUGGAAGAGGAGGUACGACCCGUGCUGGCACGCUACACAGAGGCAUUGAAGAACGUCCAAGACGUCAAGCUGAACAUCUAGAACCCAUUAUGUUGUCCCGCAUUAAUCCCCCCAAGUUUAAUUUUGUAAAAAAUAGCCGUACAUUCGCACCUAAUCAACAGCGUCAGCCGUCGACGAUGCAGUCGAGAGAUUAUCGCCAUGGACUCAAUGGGGUCGUUGGCUGUGUCAGACCCCCGACGAGAUUUGUUGUCGGUUUCAACUUGUUUUUGUUUUUGUUUUGCCCAGCUUAUUUACAAUUAAAAACCACAAGCCUCGAAUCGAACUCGAGAGCUGACGUUCUUGAUCCGAGUAAACAUA